CAUUUUUUGUCAUCCCAGCCCCUUCGAAAUUAACCAGCAGUCUCAGAGGUCCAGGAGCCGACCGCGAAUGGCGAGCACCAAUACUAAGGCUCAAUCUUCCUCCUACUUUGAGUCGACACCCCUCCUCAAGGAUGGCAACCACCCGAAUCUCGAGUCCCAACCUCGGUCGGAGAACGCACCCACCAACACCUCCCCGUCUACCAAAAAUCAGGAUGCAACUAACGACCUCCCACAAGAACUCUCUCCCGCCAAACUUUUCAUUGUCCUGCUAGCAGUUUGGGCUGGCGUCUUCCUUGGUGCCGUCGACACUACUGUAAUCACAACACUUCUUGCACCAAUUUCCACUUCAUUCUCCUCAUUCAAUUCUAUCUCCUGGAUAGCAACCGGAUACCUUAUCGCAAACGCUGCUCUACAGCCGCUCUUUGGAAAACUAACGGAUAUCUACGGACGUCGAUCUGUUCUUGUGCUGUGUAACGUUCUUUUUGGGGCGGGAACGUUGAUGUGUGGGCUUGCGAGGAAUCAACUCUCCAUGAUUAUUGGAAGAGUGAUAGCUGGUGCCGGCGGUGGUGGAUUAAUGACAAUCGCUUCUAUCAUAGUAUCGGACUUGGUCCCCCUACGAAAACGCGGAGUCGCCCAGGGCGGUGGAAAUAUUGCGUACGGAGCAGGCGCGGCACUCGGUGGGGUCUACGGAGGGUUCAUCCAUGAUUGGAUUGGUUGGAGAUGGGCAUUCCUCCUACAAAUCCCAUUCAUAGCGAUUUCCGCUACGUUGGCGUUUGCUUUCGUAAAGAUUCCUGUCAACAAGACCGAGGAGGCAAGAUAUCGAAGGAUUGAUUACCUCGGCUCAGGCACGUUGUUGUGUUCUCUGGUUAGCCUCUUGCUGGCGCUGAAUACAGGCGGAAAUACGCUGCCAUGGACCCACCCCCUUGUGCUGACAUGUCUACCCUUGAGUAUGGCUUUGCUGGGGGCUUUCUCGAUCAUUGAGUUGUGGUAUGCUAAGGAGCCAGUUAUUCCAGUUAGACUUUUGGGGAAUAGAACUGUGUUGGCGGUUUGUUUCACGAAUUGGUUUAUGGUGAUGAGUGUUUUCGCGGUUUACUUCUACGCUCCAAUUUAUUUCAUCCUCCGCGGCUACUCCCCUGCGCAGGCUGGCCUCCGCCUAACACCCUUCGCCAUCGGCAUCUCAAUCGGAAGUCUAGGGGCAGGCCUCAUCACAAACGCCACGGGCAAAUAUUACAUCCUCGGCCAAACAGUCAUGCUAAUAUUCGUCCUGGGCGUUCUCUCAAUCUGCACAUUUAGCCUGGCAACGCCGCUCUUUCCACAAUUCUUCAACUUUUUCAUGGUCGGCUCUGGCUACGGUGGAACACUAACCGUAACUCUGCUAGCACUAAUCUCAUCGGUAGACCGCAGCGAGCAAGCCGUCAUUACCUCUGCCAACUAUGCAUUCCGUUCUACGGGCAGCACUAUCGGCACCACUAUUGGUAGCGCCGUCUUCCAGAAUGUGCUAGUGAGGCAAUUGCGGAUGCAUCUUGGGAGUGGAGAGGAGGUAGAGGGGAUCAUUCAGAAGCUGAGGGAGAGGCUAGAUGAAUUUGACAAGCUACCGGAGGUGUGGAAGGGGAAGGCUGCACUUGCGUAUAUGGAUGCGCUGCAUGCAGUCUUCUGGACAGCGUUUGGGCUGGGUGUUUUGGCGUUUGUGUGUUGUGCGCAUGUGAGGGAGCACACGCUGCAUAAGACGUUGGAUCGGAAGUAGGGAGUCUGCCGGUGGAAAUGUGGAGGUGGUAAGAAAGGUGGACGUGGGAAGCGGAGGAGGGAGGUGAUGAUACGAGAAAUAUGACUAGAUAUCGCCGCCCUUUUAACGAAUGUACUAUGCCUAACGAAUGCCAACUAUACCCCCCACCCA